AUGGUAAAUGCUCAAGGAGUGAAGCAUACCAGAGAAGGUGCAUGGAAGAUGGCCCUGAAGAGGCUGAGUGUAGCUUCUCCUGCAGAAUAUAACAUAUUCCCAGGUUUCAGAGAUGAAGACAUGGACACCUUGAGGGGCCAUUAUUCAAACUGCAUCAACCAUUAUAAACAGGUCCAACAGAGGAAAUGCUUGGUUCUAGAAUUUCUUGCAUUUUUAUGGGCUGAAUUGGGCUCUGAAGCCAAAGAAGAGAAAGAAGAAGAACAGACCUGCCGGUUGCUGGGCAAGUUUGAUUUGAAUGGGUAUGUAGAUGCCGAAAACCAUUCCCUUGUUAUUGGAGGACUGUUUCCUAUUGACUCCAGGACCAUCCCAGCAAAUGAGUCUAUUUUGGAGCCAGUAUCAGCAAAAUGUGAAGGGUUUAACUUUCGGAGAGUCCUCUGGAUGAAAGCCAUGAUCCACAUGAUCCAGGAGAUUAAUAAGAGGAGGGAUAUUUUGCCCAACAUCACUUUGGGCUAUCAGAUCUUUGAUACCUGUUUUACCAUCUCCAAAUCAGUGGAAGCAGUCUUGAUAUUUCUUACAGGGCAGGAAGAAAACAGGCCCAAUUUUAGAAACAGCACUGGAGCAUUUCCGGCAGGAAUUGUUGGAGCAGGUGGAUCAUUCUUAUCAGUUGCUGCUUCAAGAAUUCUAGGAUUAUAUUAUUUGCCUCAGGUGGGCUAUGCCUCUACCCGCGUGAUUCUUAGUGACAAAUACCAGUUUCCACCUUAUCUUUGUGUAAUAGCCAGCGAUAAGAUCCAGUCGAAGGCCAUGGUAAAACGUAUCUAACACUUUCACUUUCUCACUAUGUCGCCCAGGCUGGAGUGCAGGGGUGCCAUCCUGGCUUAUGGCAACCUCCGCCUCACAGAGGACAAUACAAAUAAUGAUUUAAGUCAUAAUGGUAAACUGAGUCUGGCGGUUGGUGAGAAGGUGGACUUGAGUGGAAGAGAGGGUCCAUACAGGCAACUUCCCCAUUCAGUGUGUACUGAUGUGUGUCCUCCUGGGACUUGGAAGGGGAUUGGUUCGGGGGAACUAAUAUGCUGCUUUGACUCCAUCCCAUGUGCUGAUGGACAUGUGUCACAGAAACCAGGAUGAGAUGGUGAAAGGGAGUGUGAACAAUGUAGUGAAUACUAUUGGUCAAAUGCACAAAAGAGUGAGUGUGUGCUGAAAGAGGUGGAAUACCUCACUUAUGAUGAGGCCCUGGGAUUCACACUUGUCAUUCUUUCUGUCUUUGGGGCAUUUGUGGUCUUGGCAGUCACAGCUGUGUAUGUGAUACACAGCCACACUCCCCUGGUGAAUGGCAAUGACCGGCAGCUGAGCUUUCUCAUUCAGGUUUCUCUGAUCAUCACGCUGCUGUCGUCCAUGCUUUUCAUUGACAAGCCACACAACUGGUCCUGCAUGGCCGGCCAGGUCACUCUGGCACUGGGCUUUUCUCUUUGCCUCUCUUGCCUUCUUGGAAAGACUAGUUCACUGUUUUUAGCCUACAGAAUUUCCAAAUCCAAAGCUCAACUUACAUCCACGCGCCCCCUUUAUCGGAAGAUCAUUGUGCUCAUCUCUGUUCUAGUGCAGAUUGGCAUAUAUACAGCCUACUUGGUAUUGGAACCUCCCAUGGUGUACAAGAACAUGGAACCUCAAAAUACAAAGAUCAUUCUGGGAUGCAAUGAAGUUUCCAUAGAGUUUUUGUACUCAAUGUUUGGAUUUGAUGCCUUCCUAGACUUGCUACGCUUUCUUACAACUUUUGUGGCUCGCCAGUUACCAGAUAAUUACUAUGAAGGAAAAUGCAUCACCUUUGGGAUGCUUGUCUUUUUCAUCAUCUGGAUCUCUUUUGUCCCUGCUUAUUUGAGCACCAAAGGCAAGUUCAAAGUGGCUGUGGAAAUAUUUGCAAUCUUGGCAUCCAGCUAUGGCUUGUUGGGUUGUAUAUUUGCUCCUAAAUGCCUCAUUAUUUUGCUGAGGCCACAGAGGAACACCAAUGAAAUUGUUGGUGGAAGAGUCUCCACCACAGAUAAUUGCAUCCAACUGACCUCAGCUUCUGUGAGCAGUGAGCUUAACAAUACCACAGUGUCAACUGUUCUGGAUGACUAG